AUGUCUUUGCUCGAUCGAAUCAAGGGCCAUAGCAAGGAGCCUGCCUCUGAUGAACCAGAAUCAAAGAUCUUGCGCGAGGAUAAAGUCCUGGAAUCAAAACUGCGAGAGUGCACCAAAAAAGUCCCAAGAUACCUCUUCAGGAUGUGGCACCCACAAUCUGGCGGCAACCGACAGUUGAACACAACAGAAAAGAUCACACCCCUUGCGUUUCUGAAUGGUGCUGGCCACAACAGCGUCUACGACAUGUCCAUUCAAGGAUUCAUCGACAUGACCACCAGCCAUCUCAGCGGUAAUCAUAUCGCCACAGAAUUCUCGUCAUGGUCUGCGUCUCCUCGAUUUGUCUUACACUACGCCACAAGUGAGAGGGAAAGCGCCUAUAUCGCUAUCAUCGACACGCUAGGGCUCCAGGAGGAAAACGGAAACAGCAUGUUCUGGGUGCCUGAUUUAGCGAUAUUUGAAAAAUCAGCACCUGGUCGUUCUCCGGACUACGAAAUGUAUGAUUGGGAAUACCUCGUGCAUGGAAUCGUCGACGGAAGACACUACAAGGCAGUCCCAUUCAAAUCUCUCUGUCAGGCAGGGUUGACCAAUUAUCUGCCGACGUUGAGAAACCAUGUCCAAGCAUGGGGUGCUAACAGAUUUGCACUGCCGGUUUCUACUGUGCCGUUCAGCAGGGAAGAGCUGGAGGAUCUGGGCAGAGUGGCAAGCCUUUUUGGACUGCAUUCGAACCUGCGCGCUGCUGUUGCCGUCACCUUGUUCUGUUGCAAGAAGCGUGCUGAGUCCGGCAAGGGGCUCGAGGAGGAGGAGCUGGAAGAGAUCGUCCACCACAUCGGCGGCCGCAACCUUGGUGUGCCUCCCUCUCCAACGAUGUCUAUGAUCUCCGCUACGAAGACAAUAAGCAGAUGA